GCGCGGGGCCCGUCAUGGCGGCCGAGGGCGAUGUGGAGCUGGAGCUGGAGACGGAGCCGAGCGGGCCCGAGCGGCCGCCGGAGAAGCCGCGGAAGCACGACAGCGGCGCCGCAGACCUGGAGCGCGUCACGGACUACGCCGAGGAGAAGGAGAUACACAGCUCCAACCUCGAGACGGCCAUGUCGGUGAUCGGAGACCGGAGGUCCCGGGAGCAGAAGGCCAAACAGGAGCGGGAGAAGGAGCUGGCGAAAGUCACCAUCAAGAAGGAGGAUCUGGAGCUGAUAAUGACAGAGAUGGAGAUCUCGCGAGCGGCAGCCGAGAGGAGCCUGCGGGAACACAUGGGCAACGUGGUGGAGGCCCUCAUCACCCUCACCAACUGAUUCCCUGGGGCCCCUUGCUGGGACUGGUUGAAAUAAAGGCGUGCCCUUCACCGUU